AUGCUAUUAGAGAAUGGCGCUGAUGUAAAUUCACAAGAUCAAGAAGGAACCGCUCUGCACAUUGCUGUUGAUCAAAAUGAUCCUGACUUUGAGUUGGUGCAAAUUCUACUUGAUCAUGGCACCGAUAUGAAUUUAAAAGUAGACGGAUAUUCGGCACUGCACCUUGCUGUUGAAAAUAAUAAUCCUGAAUUGGUGCUAAUGCUGCUCAAACAUCAUGCCAAUCCAAACCUCACGACAGACGAAAAUGGAUAUUCUGCUCUGCACAUAGCAGUGGAGAAAAAUAAUCCAGAGUUAGUGCUAACGCUGCUUGAAUAUGGUGCUGAUAUUAAUUCGAAAACUGAAAGAGAUCGGACUGCUUUGCACAUCGCUGUGAUGAACGAUAAUAAGCAAUUAACAGAGUUGCUACUUGAACAAGGUGCUGACUUAAAUAUCGUAGAUGAAGACGGAUGUAGCGCUCUGCACUUCACUGGGUCCGGAAAUUAUUCUAAAUUUGCACAGAAGCUAUUCAAUGAACGGGGUAUUAAUUUAGAAACACCAAGUGGCUUCACUUCUCUUCAUUAUAAUGAUUUAGCUUUGCUUGAAGAUAACUUGCUCUGUAAACUACUCGACCAUGGCGCCGAUGUAAAUCUUCAGGACCAAGAGGGAUGCACGAUGUUGCACAAAGUUGUGGAAAAAAGCUCUCGUUACUAUGUUCAAAAGGUGAUCAAUUAUGGCGCGGAUGUAAAUUCAAAAACUUUUAAAGAAUGGACUGCACUGCACUUUGCCGUGAGAAGAAAAAGUCAAGUCCUAUUUAAAGUUUUGCUGGGAAACGGCGCUGACAUCGAUGCACAGAACAAUGUUGGAGAUACUGCUCUACACAUUGCGGUACAGAAGUGCUUCCCAGAUAUAGUUCAAACACUUCUCGACCAAGGUGCAGAUUUCAGUUUGAAAAAUAAUGCAGGAGAUACUGCUGAGGACGUUGCCAAACGCAUGAAUAAUUCAGAGUUAGUGCAAAUUUUUGCCAAGGUUGAAAUGGAAACCGAUGGCGAGAAGUUAAUACGGCUCAAGGCCUUCGAGGCCCUCAACCCUUAUCAAUUUGAGAAUAUUACCAUGAAGCUUGAAUCACGGCCGGUCAGUUAUCUAAAAAUUUACCGGGGCAUACUACUUAAUAUUGGCGGCCGACGAGACCGAAGCGGCGUCCCUCCCACACUCAAAGUGUUAGAGGGCCAGAGGAUCUUCCCAGAUGCCACUUGA